AGUCGUCGAGAGGAACGACGCACUCGAGAGUCGCAUCCUAUUCCGUUUGUUCGUGAGACAAUACCUCGGUCAUCCAUGAAACGACGACCACAGUCUGAACCAAGAGCACCACAACGAAGAGCGCAUCCAAUCGAAGUACACAGGAGUCGAAGUCCGAUGCGUACGUUACCACCGCUGCAAAGAGGCUUAACAUCCGAACGACUUCGAGCGCACGAUAAAGCUUUACAGAAGCUCUACGAUAGACCGACUGCGGCCGUAUUAACUAAAGGAUUACCUAGAGUAAUGGUCUGA